CACGUCUCGCCGCGCACACGCACACGCCAGCUGACAGCAUGAGUGGGAGGAAGAAGAUGGCCACACGGAGUUAGUAUCUUCAGCCUGUUUCCCCUGGACACAGACACAGAGACGCGGAGGUAAGACGCGGAACAUCCAGCUUCCUCCCCCCGGACCGCGGCUGACUCCCAGCCCGCCGUCAACACCCAGACAUGUGGGAACAGGAGGAAUUCGCCAAACACUGGAAGAAUGAAUUCCCCGACGGAGAGGUGCCUCGCAUGGACCUGAAGUCGGUGGAGGACAUCGAGUCGGAGCUGGAGGCGUGCAAGUCCAACCUGAAGCGGCUGCAGAAGGCUCUGGCGGAGGAGAAAUUCAAGGUGAUCUACCUGCAGACCACCGUGUCCCUGCAGAGGAGGACCGAGGUGCAGAGGUACCUGGGCAAAGAUGAGAACUCCAACUCGGACUCGUUCGUCCUCCACAGCCCGGGGGACGGUGACGUGAAGCCCCCGGCUGGAGGUCACACCGCGGGGAUCUACGGACCCUUCGGCCACGAGCGGAGCAGGUUCAUCGGCAAGAAGGGCAAGCCCGUCCCCAUCCCGGUGCCCCCGCAGAGAGCCAGCAAGGGCCCGGUGGCCCCCCCGCCGAACGACAACGAGGAGAGCAGCGACAAGGAGUUCGAGGACGCGGAGCUGAAUGAGAAUUUCGUGAGGAAUAACUUGUUGGCACCUAAGAGCGGUCACAAGGACGGUCCGGGCUCCCACCGGGACCCCCGGCGGCCUGCCCGCCUCAGCAGGGACCUGGACUCCGGGGACGAAUGCAAGAUGUCCCCGUCCCUCCCGCGCAUCCAGCGCAGAGCCUCCCUGGGCUCCGGGUGCAGCACCCCGGACCGGAGGAGCGAUGGAUACCUCAGCUCCGACCAUGAAGACUCCUCUUCUGGAGAUUUUAACUACAACACAGAUGGCUACGAGGGGGACGGGGCCGAGGACGGAAAGUCUCAGGAUGGCUCGGAGACGCUGCCCUAUAUAGACGAGUCGCCCACCAUGUCGCCCCAGCUGUGUGUGCCCCAAGGUCCCGAUGGAGAAGCGGUCUCCCCCACACCGCCAGAGGGCCUGUUGCCUGGGGGAGGCAUAGAGAAAGGAUUGGAAAUGAAGAAACUGGUGCUGUCUGGUUUCCUGGCCAGUGAGGAGAUCUACAUUAACCAGCUGGAGGCCCUGCUACUGCCAAUGCGUCCUCUGAAAGCCACAGCCACCACCUCGCAGCCUGUGCUGACCAUCCAGCAGAUAAAGACCAUCUUCUACAAAAUCCAGGACAUCUCCGAGAUCCACAAGGAGUUCUACGACGCCCUCUUACCCAACAUCCAGCAGUGGGAUGAGAAGGUCACUGUGGGACAUCUGUUCCAGAAGCUGGCCAGCCAGCUUGGUGUGUACAAGGCCUUUGUGGACAACUACAAGGUGGCGCUAGAGACGGCAGAGAAAUGCAGCCAAGCCAACAUCCAAUUCCAGAAGAUAUCUGAGAACCUCAAAGUAAAAGGACCGAAAGACUCUAAAGAUUGUACCACAACCAUCUCAAUGGAGGCUCUCCUUUACAAGCCCAUUGACCGCGUCACCAGAAGCACCCUGGUCCUUCAUGACUUGCUCAAACAUACUCCAAAGGACCACCCAGACUUCCCCCUCCUGCAGGACGCCCUGCGGAUAUCUCAGAACUUCCUCUCCUCCAUCAACGAGGAGAUUGACCCUCGCAGGACUGCCGUCACCACACCCAAGGGAGAGGCUCGUCAGCUGGUGAAGGAUGGCUUCCUGGUGGAGGUGUCGGAAAGCUCGAGGAAGCUGCGGCACGUCUUCCUCUUCACCGACCUGCUGCUCUGUGCCAAGAUGAAGAAGACGGCUGUGGGUAAACACCAGCAGUAUGAGUGCAAGUGGUACAUCCCUCUGGCGGACUUGACUUUCCAGACCUUGGACGACUCAGACUCUUGCCCGACCCUCCAGGUCCUGCCCGAGCAUGAACUGGAGGAGAUGAAGAUCAAAAUCUCGAUCUUAAAAAAUGAGAUCCAGAAAGAGAAGAAAGCACCAAAGGGUCAGAGCCGAGUGGAGCGUCUGAGGAAGAAGAUGAACGAGCAGGAGUCGUGGCUGCUCACGCACUCCCCCUCCAUUCCAUUCCGCAUCCACAACAAACAUGGAAAGAGCUACCUCUUCCUCAUCUCCUCCGACUACGAGAGGUCAGAGUGGAGGGAAAGCAUCCAGAAACUCCAGAAGAAAGAUCUCCAAGCGUGCGUAUUAAGUUCUGUUGAGCUUCAGGUCCUGACCAGUUCCUGUUUCAAACUCCGCACCGUCCACAACAUUCCUGUCACCAGCAACAAAGAUGAUGAGGAGUCUCCAGGCCUGUACGGCUUUCUGCACGUGAUCAUCCACUCUGCCAAAGGAUUCAAGGAGUCAGCCAAUCUGUACUGCACCCUUGAAGUGGACGCGUACGGAUACUUUGUCAGCAAGGCCAAGACCCGAGUCUUCAGAGACACCACAGAUCCUCAUUGGAAUGAAGAGUUUGAAAUUGAGGUGGAGGGCUCCCAAUACCUGCGGAUCCUGUGUUACGAGAAGUGUUACGACAAAAGCAUGCUCAACGCGGACGACAACGAGAUUGUGGACAAGAUGAUGGGAAAAGGAAAGGUCCAGCUGGAUCCUCAGACGGUGCAGUCCAAGAACUGGCACCUGGACGUCAUAGAGAUGAACGGGAUCAAAGUGGAAUUCUCCAUGAAGUUUACAAGUCGGGACCUCAGCUUAAAGAGAACGCCGUCCAAAAAACAGAGUGGGGUGUUUGGAGUCAAAAUCAACGUGGUGACAAAGCGUGAACGCUCCAAGGUGCCUUACAUAGUCCGUCAGUGCAUUGAGGAAGUGGAGAAGAGGGGGAUCGACGAAGUGGGAAUCUACAGGAUCUCAGGGGUGGCCACUGAUAUCCAGGCCCUCAAAGCAGCUUUUGACACCAAUACCAAAGAUAUCCUGAUGAUGCUGAGCGACAUGGACAUUAACGCCAUCGCCGGGACUUUGAAGCUGUACUUCAGGGAGCUGCCGGAGCCUCUGCUCACCGACCGCCUCUACCCCGCCUUCAUGGAGGGCAUAGCGCUCUCAGACCCAGCAGCAAAGGAGAACUGCAUGAUGCACCUCCUACGCUCGCUGCCGGACCCCAACCUCAUGACCUUCCUUUCUCUGCUGGAGCACCUCAAACAUAGUGUGGCUGAGAAGGAGCCCAUCAACAAGAUGUCCCUCCACAACCUGGCCACCGUGUUCGGCCCCACCCUGCUGAGGCCCUCAGAGGCCGAAAUCGCAAAGUCACAGCACAUCACCACCGCCUCAGACAUCUGGUCACAUGACGUCAUGGCACAGGUCCAGGUGUUGCUCUACUACCUGCAGCAUCCUCCCAUCUCCUUUGCCGAACUGAAGCGCAACACGCUCUACUUCUCCACUGACGUUUAAACCCACCCCCCCACCCACCUUCCUCAGGGUGCCACCUGCAGGUGAAAGAGUGGAAGACUCCAUCCUGCCACUCGGUCCUCUCCUCCCAGAAGGCAGCUCAUCUCAACUGUACAGCCCCCUUCCCUUCCAUGCACACACACACACAAACACACAUAAACAUCUCCUUUUCACGCAUCCAAACCAACC